GUGCUUCGGCUGGAAACACGCGCCGGCGGCUGCGGCGUUCCGUGGCAGGAAGGGAAAGAGAGGCGGGAAGGCUGCGUGCAGCCCGCCCCUCUACUCUCCCGCCUCAGCCGCGCACGGGCUGAAUGGACAAGUAGGACAAGAUGUCUCGAGCCCCGGCGGCGGCGGCGGCGGCCCGAGGCGGCGGCGCGUCCUGCUCUUCACCUCGGCGCCGGCAGUGAUCGGACUCAGCGGCCGCUGCCCCUGAUGAGACUAUUGGCGGGCUGGCUGUGCCUCAGCCUGGCGUCCGUGUGGCUGGCGCGGAGGAUGUGGACGCUGCGGAGCCCGCUCACCCGCUCCCUGUACGUGAACAUGACGAGCGGCCCCGGUGGGCCGGCGGCGCCAGCGGGCGGCAGGAAGGAGAACCACCAGUGGUAUGUGUGCAACAGAGAGAAACUAUGUGAAUCACUCCAGGCUGUGUUUGUUCAGAGUUACCUUGAUCAAGGAACACAGAUCUUCUUAAACAACAGCAUUGAGAAGUCAGGCUGGCUAUUUAUCCAAUUAUACCACUCCUUUGUGUCAUCUGUUUUUAGUCUGUUUAUGUCUAGAACAUCUAUCAAUGGGUUGCUGGGAAGAGGCUCAAUGUUUGUGUUUUCACCAGAUCAGUUUCAGAAACUGCUUAAAAUUAAUCCAGACUGGAAAACCCAUAGACUUCUUGAUUUGGGUGCUGGAGAUGGAGAAGUCACAAAAAUCAUGAGCCCUCAUUUUGAAGAAAUUUAUGCCACUGAGCUGUCUGAAACUAUGAUAUGGCAGCUUCAGAAGAAGAAAUACAGAGUGCUCGGUAUAAAUGAAUGGCAGAAUACAGGGUUCCAGUAUGAUGUCAUCAGCUGCUUGAAUUUGCUGGACCGCUGUGAUCAGCCCCUGACUUUGUUGAAGGAUAUCAGAAGUGUCUUGGAGCCAACUAGGGGCAGGGUCAUCCUGGCCCUGGUCUUACCCUUUCAUCCCUAUGUGGAAAAUGUAGGUGGCAAGUGGGAGAAACCAUCAGAAAUUUUGGAAAUCAAGGGACAGAACUGGGAAGAACAAGUGAAUAGUCUGCCUGAAGUUUUCAGGAAAGCGGGUUUUGUUAUUGAAGCUUUCACCAGACUGCCGUACCUGUGUGAAGGGGACAUGUAUAAUGACUACUAUGUUCUGGAUGACGCUGUCUUUGUGCUCAAACCAGUGUAAACCUGUGGAGGCUGCAGUCUGCAGAGUCUUCCUGGAAAGGGUCUGUGUUCUCCAUUACGUGAAGGGUGGACCUCUGGGGACUGUCGUUCUAAAUAUCAUGUAGGAAUUUAAAAAGCCAAAAUACUAAUUAUUUCUUUGUAGUGUGUAAAAUGAAUUUUUUAAAAAAGAAAAACCCAACUCUGAGGACUUUUAUCAGUUCUUAAUAAUGCAGGUCUCACUCCAAUUACGGAAGCUAUUUUUUAUACUUAAUCGUAGUGGGGGACACCCCCCCAUGUCCAAGCAAUAGCCAUGAUUCCAAAUGGAAACAAUAGGUAUGGAUUGUUUUUAAUAAAAUGAAGACUGGCAAUAAAGGCAUUCAUUCAGCUGCAAAUACUGUUUAUAAGGUAUAGCCACUGGUACUCUUUCAUGUUUAGACAUUCUUUCUGUCAUUAUUCAAGAAAAUGUUUUUAAUCAUGCUAAUAAACUUUUUUGGAAAUGA